AGAACCGCUGUGACCGCAGCCAUGAUGACACCUGAAGACACCAGGCAAUGCGCGGCUGAGCGGGGGGAAGCCAAGGGCGAAGUGAAGGGCGACACCUUCCCAGUGGUGCAGGGGACGCCUAUAGGCGUUCCCGUUGGCGCCCCUCAGAUACCGAUGGGUGUUGUGGUGGCCGUGUCAUCUUUGACGGUUGAGGUGGGCGUCCCCGUUGGCGCUCCUCAGAUGCCGAUGGUGGCCGUGUCACCUCUGAAGGUAAAGGAGCAGGAAGUGCUCAACUACCGCGCCGCGGUGCUUCUUCUUUCGGGGCUGGACAUCGCCGCGACCCUGCUGAAGACCGCCGCGUUGCUGGCCAGCACGAGGAACUUGGUUUGGUUGGCCCUGGCUCUCUUCAUCUUGGGGCCGCUGAGUGGCAUGGUGGGGGCAAAGACCUUGAACCACAGCCUGGUCUCAGUUUACUUUGCCUUUUGUGGUUUAAAAACUGCCGCGGAGAUUGCAUUCGCGAUCAACAUGUGGGAGUGGAACGUCCUUUUUGUUGUGAUGCAGGUGUGGAUCAUCAAAAUCGUGGCUGCCUUCCUUUCUGCCUUGGAGCGGAUCUCCCCGGAGCGACGCUCCGAACUGUUGGACCUGAAAGAUGUGGCUGUUCACAGGGUCUACUGGUAGCUCGUGUUGACCCAGCGCGGGGCAAGUGGCGUGACCACUUGAACACCCUGCGUUUUGGUACCUAGAAGUGACCAGAAAACGUCCACUUGUGUAGUUUUUUUAUCUGUGGAGCGGACGGCAAGUGUCGUGUUUAUCAAACUUUUGGGUGGUGCUCAUUUGUUGACAUAACACCAGUCACGCUUGGCCUGACCAAGCUGCUGGAUGUUGGCCCAACUUUGGGAAUCACCGUUCGGAGAAUGCGUUUGGGCCAAGCAAACAUGUACAGGGCGUUGUACAGUCUAAUUAAGAUUUAGUUAGGCCGACAGGACGUGUUUUCCAUCUUGUCAGCUACGCCUGUCAAGAUACAGAAUUUUGGACUGCGAACGGGUCCUCAUGGGGGAGUGUUU